CCGCCAGAGGAGUGCCGCAAGUAUAUCAAGGUGUUCCUGCAGUGGCAGAUUAUCGUCACCUCUCACAAGAACUUCACCUGGAUUGUCCAAAUGAACAACACCAAGGACUGCAGGAAAUGCUACUACGACAACGAGGCAGAGCCCUUCGAGGACAUGGCCGCUUGCAAGGCCUGCCACGUGCCCUUCCUGCCGCAAAUUGAGUCGGAGCCAGGCUGCCGUGACUGUCUGGAUGAAGACAAGGCCGACAGGAAGGCCUGCUACAAGUGCUUCCUGCAUAUGAAACACAAGGUCUCGGCGGCUAUCUGCCUUCUGCAUGCGGAAGUGCAGGUCAAGUUGGACAGGCUGCAUCUUUACCUCAAAGGGAAAUUGUAA